UACUCACAUCUCUACCGUUUACCACACCCUCCCCUUAUAAUUCCAGGAUGAUAUCGUAGUCACUGCAACAGGCAUGGAGUUGUUGAGUGAUGUGCCCCGAGAAAUCGAAGAGAUAGAGGCGUUGAUGAAAGAAGACUACGAACCCCAAUGGGACACCCCCAAGCCAAGCGGCAGCAGCAGCGGUAGUAGGAGUCAGUAAGAACACAUGAGAGGCCGACCAACUCGCAUCUCAGCAACAUAUGCCAUCCAUUUAAAUAGCAUAAUCUAAGAGAGCUAUUAGUUAUUUUAGGAGUACAUAUAUAGUAUUCCUAUGUAGAACAACCUUUGUUAUCGCGACAUAUGCAGUUCAUUGUAGUGUUAUAUGGACGUCACCCUGUUGGUUAACAAUCAAUUUAAAGAGCUGGAACGAACGAACGAACGCAGCUCACAUCGUGGAGUAUGAUGUGUACUGGUACAUUGUAUUCGAAGCCCCUAUGUUAGAAGGGUUUAGCGGUUUCUGCACACCCGCGAGAGAAUCUAUUCAUCAUUAAAGUUACUGUUAUAAAAGUUGACAGUCCUGA